AUGUCUAGGUGGACAUGCAAAAAGCUGUCAUUUAAAUUAUUAUAUGGUUUUCCUAAUUUGAAAACGUUGAAAGCAAUUGGGUCACUUCUAGGCCCUGGAUUUGUCAACACUGCUGGAGCUGGGUCUUUCUUGAGUAAGAAUCUGAAAUUGCAAGAUAUUAAUCUUUCGUCUAAUAAGAUAAACAGUAUACCAGAUGGACUUUUUGUGCGGCGGUUUGAACAGUUAUUAUCAGUUAACAUGUCGUAUAACAACCUAACAAUAUUUCCUAAAUUUCAUGCAAGCAUCAAAACAUUAAAGAUAAUUGAUUUGACAUUUAACAGUAUAACACAUCUCAAUAACAAAGACAUUAAACAAAUUGAAAAGCUCGGAGAAGUUGACAUAUUCCUGAAAGGAAAUCCCUUUCAAUGUUCCUGUAAGACAUUACAGUUUUUAAAGUUUUUAAGUCAAUCCAAACGAGUACCGGAUUUCUUAGAUCUGACCUGUGUAACUGAAAAGGCUUCCAGAAGGUUUAUGUCUGAAGUUAUUUCCAACCUUAAGACAUUUGAGAUUUCCUGCAAAACGAAAUUCUGGUUGCCGUUUGCUGUGUCUAUAACUUCCGUUAUCGUACUUUCCAUAACAAUAACUGUCGUAUUCUUUCGAUAUAAAUAUGUUGUUGAGUACUUUGUAUUGCGAUUUAAAAUGAAAAUGAGAAAUUACAAAGAAUUGAGGAAGCAGUAUGCGUAUGAUGCUUUUAUAUCAUACAGUCAUGCAGAUUCAGAAUGGGUUAAAGAUUUCUAUGAUAUGGUAAAUAGUAUGGGCCUCGAAUUAUGUCUGGACGCCAAGGACUUUAUUGCUGGUAACAGUAUAGCAGAAAAUGUGGUCAAUGCAAUCGAUUCCAGCAGAAAGGUUAUAUUUAUUAUAACUCAUAAUUUUCUAAGGAGUACUUGGGGGUCAUAUGAAAUGGAAAUGACCCGUAUGCAUGCUUUUCAGAAAGGAAGAGAAGACAUGGUGAUUGUUGUUGUAAAGGAUGAGAUAAAGAUAACAGAUAUGCCGGAAAUAUUAAAGAUAAUGUGGUCUAAAAUUACAUGUAUCCAAUGGCCAAACGAUGACAAUCUGCCAUACAAUACGGAGGAAAUAUUCUAUGAAAAGAUUAAAAUGUCUCUGAAAAAGAAGGAAGAAAGUACUUUACUGUAUCUAGAAAUUCAGUUGUAUAGAACAUUUUUCGUCAUUUCCUAACAAUACUAAUAUUAGAAUUGCGAAACAUUUCUUUGGUGAGUAGCAAUUCUGUGUAUAUAGCUGUGAUAAAAACAAUUAUACAAGAGAGACUUUAAAGUGGUCAAAC